UCCUCCCUCUCAUCUCCCUUCGCUGCAUCGACGGCCCAGACGAUCCAGCCCGACGGAUAUCCCCCCAUCCGCUGAAACGAGUGGCGCUCCCACCCGCCAAACCCUGUGCAAGACCCCGUGCAUAUCGCCGUUCCAGCAUGGCCCCGUCUCUCAGCGACCGGAGUAGCGCUCUGCUCGUUGCAACGGCCGUCGUCUUGGCCGCAUCUUCGUCGCUCUUCCGGGUGUGGAACUCGGUCCUGUCCUCAAACUACAUGGAUGAGAUCUUUCAUGUCCCCCAGGCGCAGUCCUAUUGUCGCGGUCGUUUCUUGGAGUACGAUCCCAAGCUGACGACUCCUCCCGGACUGUAUGCGAUUUCGUUCGUGGUUCUCAAGGCCGUUUCGGUGUUCAAGUCCGGGGUGUCAUCUGUGGCUCAUCCCAUCGAGGACUCCCUUUGCUCGACGAGCACCCUUCGCUCCGUCAACCUUGUUUUCUCGGUCGUAUUGAUUCCAGUAUUGAAGGGCUUGCUGGAUAGCAUCCAUGGAAGACACCGCAUCAAUACUGCCGGCGCCAUCGCAAUCGCACUGUUCCCGGUGGCUUUCUUCUUCAACUUCAUGUACUAUACCGACACUGGAUCGACGCUCUUCGUGCUGCUGUCGCUCCUCUAUGCCCUACGCAAGAAAACAAUCGCCAGUGCAGCGGCCAGCUUGAUUGCAUGUACCUUUCGGCAGACAAACAUCGUUUGGAUGAUGUUCAUCCUGGCUCAAGUCGUCCGAUCUCUUCUUGCUGAGAAAGCCGACGCGACCACAAGGGCGCAGGUUCUUGAUGUCAGGAUUCACGAGCUAAAGACCGUCGGCUCGGCUGUAUUGUUCUUGCGUCGUCUCUUUGCUCUGGCCACGGCGAAUCUAGGCUAUAUUCUCCUCCGAACCUGGCCUUAUCUUGUUGUGCUCAAGCUGUUCGUUGCUUUCCUGGUCUGGAAUGGAGGGAUUGCCCUGGGCGACAAGGAUCACCACAUCAUGAGCAUUCACGUUCCUCAACUCUACUACUUUUGCGGCUUCACGCUGUUCUUCUCCCUUGCAACAUCAAGAGUCUUGCAGCGCAUCCAAACCAUUCCCAGGUUCAUCAAUAUCUGGUCCCUUUUCUGGAUCGGCGUCGGUGUUGUAGUGAUGGCCUGGACUAUUCAAAAGUUCACGAUUGAGCACCCCUUCCUCUUGGCAGACAACCGCCACCUUACAUUCUACGUCUGGAAGAACAUUUACAGGCUCCACCCUCAAGUGCGGUAUCUCCUAAUACCGGCAUACCUGUUUUCGGGCGGUGUUGUACUUGGAAACUUGGCCCAACGACAGUCAACUAUAUGCGUUCUGGCGUUUUCUGUGGCUGUCGCAAUCACGCUGAUCCCGUCUCCUCUCCUCGAGUUCCGCUACUUUAUCAUUCCCUUCAUCCUAUAUCGGCUUCAUAUUGAGAGACCGUCCCGACCAGCCCUGAUAGCCGAGGUGCUCAUGGCCGGACUGAUCAACCUGGCAACCAUUGCUCUUUUCUUGGGAUAUACGUUUGAGUGGCCGAGCGAGCCUGGUGUCAAGCAGCGAUUCAUGUGGUAGAGACGCUCGAGAUCUGAAAUAUAGACGCAGAUGCGGAAAGAAUCGAGGGAUGCACAUCAUCAUUGGAGCCGCGACGGAACUGAGACAUGGCGAUCCGUAG